UGGCGAAGUUUUUAAGCAUCGAUUUCGCUCUAUAAUGGCUCGCUUACGACUCCUACUUUUAAUUUUCUUUCUGCAUGUAAGCGAGCUGUUUUGGCGAGUUUUUAACAAUGUUUUUUAAGUGUCCAUAUGUGACACCGUCACCUAUUCAAUUGUUGAACGUAAUCCGUCUGUAUAAAGCUGGUGUCUUUUCGAUUUUGCCGUUUUGAAUAUUGAAAUCUGUGGUGCUUUAAACGUUAAUGAGAGUUUGUCCAAGUACCUGAUGAUUAUCAUAUUAAACAUUCAAACUGAGUAAAAGGCAAUCGAUUAGUGGUCUUCAAUGUAUCGGCGAUACAAUAUGUUUCACAUGUAAACAUCUCCAAAGUUAAAUUAAGGACACUGAAAGGAACAUUUCGUAUUUGUGACCUUCUCUUUUAACUUGGGGAGAAUCUUUGUUUACAUGUCACUGAGUACCUAUGGGCAAGUUAUCCAAAUUUGCCUGUUCCGCUAUGUUUAUGUUUAUGUUUUAUAGCUAGUUUUAUUUUCUUGGUUUGAUUAAAACUCAAGCAAAUAGUAACAUUACUUCCAUCGGAAGAACAAUGAAUCAGUAACAGUAUCAAUAACCAGAGGGUUAAAAAGUACCAUUGAACUUUAAGACCAUUUGCUACUAAAUAGCAGAUGUUAGACAAUAUUAUCGUCAAUAAUAACUGAAUAUCUCAUUAACUAUCAAUUAAUAACAGCUAAUUAAACUCGAAGCUAGAUUAGUGCGUGCUUUCACUUCAAAAUUUACAAGAUUGUACAUUACCAUUACUUUGUGCUUAGACAAAUAUCUGGGCACUAAAUACGAAACAAUGUUUGGCAAAUAUUUGUUUAUUAGUCAGCACAUCCUUAGAUUAAAAUUUCUGAUGUAACAGUGAACCUAUUUCAAAAGUACUUAAUUAACAAUAAUUGAAGAGUUAUUUGAAAACUCCCAAGUUUAGUCAUGGAAAGUUAAUUAUAAAUGUGUGAUUACCUCAGUGUCAAUCUAUGCCAAGUGAUAUAUUCGAAACUUGGUUAAAUAUAACCAGUCUUUGUCUUUUUUAUUCAGGUACUGAAUUGUAAUUGAGGCAAAUAAACACAGGCCUAAUUAAGAAGGAAAACCUCUCUAUCUACAUAUAGUCGAUUAAUAUAUGCUGCCAUGAAUGACUAGGAGUAGAAGUUCAUAAAUGUUAUUUAUAUUUUAAUGUGCCUACAAUAUUCCACGGUUUAAGCGUGUUUUAUCAGUUCAAUCGACAUUAACGAACCUACGAAUUCCAAAGGAAAGAUCUACCUUUACCACACCUCCUGUUGACGAUUUGAGGAAUGCCACCUGAUUAAAUUUAAGAGAAAUCCGAUAAUGUGACUUGAAUUAAAUCAGUUGAUACAAAUCGAUCCAAAAUGUCAGGAGGACCACCACAUCACCCUCACAAUAGACAUGUACCUCCAACAAAUUCAGCAUGGAAUCAUUUACAGGUUCCCACCUAUUUUCAACGCCAACCCCAAGUAGCUCAUAUGCAGGCAGAACAUACUCUGAUACAUCAACCAACGUGGCAUACACCCACCACUACCGAAGCAAUGAAGUUGAUUCCUCAUACUCAAAUGCUCAAUGAUAUGUUUAAAACUGAGUCGCUGUUUCCAAGGGAUUGCGUUGAUCUGAGUCUUACAAGAAAUGUGAAAAAACCUUUUUUAGGUGGCCAAAAUGGUGAGCUCCCUUCAGCCCCUGCUGCCAUCAGUCUUAGUGUGCGGGACGCUAAUAAAAUUAACAGUCUCCCACCAGGAAUGUUGGAUAUUCAGGCUGUGGAGCUCGUUAAGUGUGCAAGUCCGAAUGUAAAAUCCGCUAUUAGUCCCAGCUCGAUUAGGGGGCCUUCUAUGAGCCCCGGAAUGAAAGCCGCAAGUCCUGGUUUAUUAAGUUCUGGUGCUACCAUGAAAUCUCUUAGUCCAGGUCGGAAGUCUUUGAGCCCCGGCCCUGUGGCAUCUGGAAUUAAUUUAGCCAGUAACUUAAUGUUGCCCACAGUUGCACCGACGUUGCCGGUCGCAGAUUUGGGCAAGAACCAAAAGCGAAGUAACAUAAGAGUGGAUUCGAUUUUAGAAAGGUUGAAUACAAUUCCGGAUAGGACAUUCCCUUUUCAUGAUAUUAAAAAUGAUCACCCAGCUACUGCUGUGAGCGCACCAACGACAGUACAGGAAAAAUCUCAGCCGGAAAAACUAAAUUCUCAGAAUCCAAGUGUAAUUGUUCAAACAGCUAGCAAUUUCGACGAAAAUAGUAAUUCCAGUGGCACAACUAAUGUACCCACUCCCAAAGAGGAAGAUUCCGCCUCAAUGCAUAGUAACGAAGACAGCUUAGAUAGUACAAAGUCGCGAAGAAAAAGGAAACCUAGCAAAACAGUACGAGUAAACAAAGAUGAUGAAAUUAAAUUUGAGAAAGAUAUUUCCUAUGAAGCUGCUCCAACAGACGUUCUCAUCAUCAACAAUCACAAAGGAGAACCUGCCAAUCUUAGUCAACACUCCAAUCCUGCGUCCAUUGCAACGAUUUUAGAGGGUACCACUGUGAAGUUACCAGAGCGGCUGGAAAAGACCACAGAUGAAGUAGAUGGACCAGUGGCGAUAAAAAGUCGACGAAAAGCCUCCAGCGAAUCAGAAACGAUUGAUAAUAUUGCCGCCAUGGUUCAGGAAGGGUUAAAGGAGAGAAAAACUCUGGCUGAUGAUGAUAAAGUACAUGAGGAACCCAACGCCAAGAUUGGUACUGAUGCACUCGAAAAAGACGUCGACAUGCCUAUUGACCAUAAUCUUGAGGAUGCGAAAAUAGAAAUAAAGUCCAUACCGGCAGCUAAAGAUUUAACUAUGGUUGCGGCCGAUAUCACGCCUGUACCAGUUGCUAAUCCGGAAACGAGUCUAUUAAUUACGGUUACUGAUUUUGCUGAAAAGGAAACUGAAAUAAGUGAAGAUAUUUCAAAGUCUGUGCCUGUGGAUACAGUUGAUGGAAUAGAUAUGAACCAUGACUGUAAACGGGUAAACAUGGAAACGAUGAAUUCAUCAGUUGUAAGCCCAUCAAAGCCUGUAACAAUAAGUGUAAUACAAAACAAGGAAAAAUUGGAAGAAGCACUGGCUGCUGAAAAUAGUGCGGCUUUAGUUGCUGAUUUAGUGGAAAACCCUCCAGUAACCGUACCUCCAGUUCCACGUGGGCAAACGCCUGUUCCGAAAAAUGCCUCCAACACUAAUUUUGUCGAGGUUGAAAACAAGUUAGAAGAAAUGUUUGCUGGUAUAGUGGAGAACCAUGUAGAUAGUCCUUCGAAGCUCCCAUUGGAACCACUGAAAAACGACUUAACGUUGGGUCUAACAGAUGACAGAUUGGAUGAUGUGGGAGCGCCACUGAAAGAAGCCAGAGAUUAUGAAGUGACCAACCGAUCUGAUGAGCCUUUGUACACAAACCAUGAAGUCAAAAAUGAAGAAGAAAACGAUGAUAGGAAGCCCGUGAGCAAGAAAGCACGGCGGAGCCGGCUACUGUCUAGAAGUGACAACGAAGGCGACGUUCCAAUGAAGAAGAAAAAACUUACCAAGACGAAAGGUACUGUCCAUAAAAAACCUUCUAGACCAUGUAUGAGCAAGAAGCCAUCAAUACCAGUUAUCCCUAAAUUGCCUAUCAAAGUAUCGAACAUGGAUGUUGUCAAGGAUAUAUAUUCCUAUGAUUCGGGUAGCAACGCUAGUUCUAGUAAAUCUAGGGGCCCCUUCCUGCAAAUUAGAGGCCCUAGGGAUUCUCCAUUAUCAGUAAGUGUUGUAAAUACUCCCCUGACUGGCGAUGAAGAUGCAGAAAAGAAAACGAUCAAGAACAAAAAGUUUCACGAUGAUAGCGAGUACAGACAUAAAGUCAGAUCAAAAGGCCUACACUGUAGUACCCUUAGUAAUAAAUACGACGCAGAAAGAAAAGAUGCGAGUUGGAUCUGUGCUUUCUGCAAACGAGGUCCUCAUGCUAGUGAGUUUACAGGUCCAAGUGUUGCCACCGAAGUUCCUCCACCUGGCGAUCUAUUUGGGCCUUAUUUUAUCACGAAUCAAUGUCCUGAGUUUGAGAAGAGACUAGAUGAUGUAUUUGAUAGGCAAUUUAAAAGUCGGAAAAUUAGUAAAGCCUUAGACGCUGCAGCAGCGGCAGCGAACUCAAAAAGUAAAAAAGCAAAACGGAAGCUUGAACCGUCGGUGGAUUCCACGGAUCUUUAUCUGGGGAUAACUGAUACGGGAAACAAUACUUUUGAAGUGUGGGUGCACGAGGACUGUAUGGUGUGGAGUCCCGGUGUUUAUCUAGUCGGUCCAAAAAUUGCUGGUUUAGAAGAAGCAGUGUGGACUUGUUCAAACUUGCCUUGUUCGGGCUGUGGCCUGAAAGGGGCGAAUGUCACGUGCGUCAAACGAGGUUGUCUCAGUUCGUCGCACGUGUGCUGUGCGCGGAAAAGCCACUGGCAAUUGGACGAGGCUAAUUUUAAGGCCUAUUGUCCCGAGCAUUUGCGCUAGAAUUGCGCCUUAGCGUUGUACAAAAAUUGGAUUGUUUAGGCAUAUUAUGACACCAUAUUUCGUAAUUUGUUUCAAGUGUGCUAUAAAAAUUAAUAAGUACUAGCUGGUUAGCUACCUUACAUUAAUUUUAGUUGGCAGGGAACAUGUGUCUGGUUUCCUUUUGCAAUUUUUUAAUUUUAUUUAUGUAAUAUAACGUUGUUUUCGAUUAUGGUCCAGUGAUCGAUGUUUAAAGUAAUACAUAAAUAAUUUCCAGUAAAUGUGUUCAAGAUUCUGCAUCAUCUUAAAAAAUGUUCAAUAAAGAAUUAAAGUUCGUUUGUGAAGCAUUAAAGUAUACUCAUGUGACCAUAUUAUAAGUAACUUUAGAAAUAAUACUCAACUAUUGUUGUACUUGAGUAUUAUUUUAUAAACGUGGUUACUUGAAUAUGCCAUAGCUGUUCGAAAUUAUGAAAGCAACCCUGUUGUAUAUUCAGAUAUGUACAUAUAUUAUGGUACAUUGAAUGUGGCUGGAAUAGUGGCGAUAUUAAGUUACCGAUCUACUGAUGCUUCAGGAUUCCUAAAAGUCUGUUGUUAUAUACAUAUAUUAAUAAUUGCGAGGGUACAAAUUUCAGAGUCCGAGAUGUUUCACUUUCAUUUAAUAAUUGCUUUCCAUUUUACCUUACGGUUGUGUAUAUACUGUUGUAUAGAAAGGAUAACCAAAUUCGUAAAUAUUCUAAAAUUACAGUUUGUGCGAUUGUGCCUAAAAUUCCAAUGUUUAGUACAUUUUGAACGUUUUCAUUGUGAUGAUUUUAAAUUAUUAAGGUAUUUCUAUAGCUCUAACAUCUAUUUUGUAUAAUUCAUAACUUUCGUUUUAAUUUGGUAGAAUUUGUGAUGGAUGUUGUUUAUUUUAUUGAUUGGUUUAUAUGAUUUUCAAUAAUGUAAAUAUUUUUAAUAUAAAGCUUAUACAUAUAAAGCUAGACUAUGUUAUUUUAGUUGUAAAUUGUACAAAUAAAUGUAUUAUAUUUAU